AUGGUCGUAGGUGUCGCACACCUUCAUGUUGGACUAAGUUGGGCGAGCAGCGUGUGUUUGGGCCCUAAACUAGUUUCUGAUAUCGAGGAUAAAGUUAGGUUGAUUCGAGACCGAUUGAAAGUGGCACCUAAUAGAAAGAAGUCCUACACCGACCUGAAGCAUCGAGAGAUUGAGUAUUCAGAGGGGGACUUUGUUUUUCUCAAGGUCUCGCCGUGGAAGAAGGUACUGAGAUUUGGUCGAAAGGGAAAGUUGAGCCAUAGAUUUAUUGGACCUUACCGUGUGCUUAAGCGAAUGGGACCAGCUACUUACCCGUUGGAGUUACCUUCGGAAUUGCAUCAGAUUCAUGACGUCUUCCACGUCUCUAUGUUGAGACGCUACCGCUCUGAUCCCACUCAUAUUGUUCCUAUUGAGGAGAUUAAGGUUACGCCAGAUGUGACCUUUGAGGAAGAGCUAGUUCAGAUAUUGGAAGGAGAUGUAAAGGUUCUAAGAAGAGAAUUCAUCCCACUGCUGAAGGUUCUUUGGUGUAACCAUAGCUCUGAGGAGACCACGUGGGAGCCUGAGGAUACGAUGCGACAGCAAUAUCCUCAUCUGUUCUGA